UUUGAGCGAGUCAGCAUGCUGGUGAUUCUGCUCAACUGCGUCACACUUGGCAUGUUCCAACCCUGCCAGGACCUGGAGUGCCACUCUGACAGGUGCAGCAUACUGCAGGCAUUUGAUGACUUCAUCUUUGCGUUCUUUGCUGUGGAGAUGGUGGUUAAAAUGGUGGCCUUAGGGGUGUUUGGACCGAAAUGUUACCUUGGCGACACCUGGAACUGCCUUGACCUCUUCAUUGUCAUGGCUGGGAUGUUGGAGUAUUCUUUAGAUGGCCAUAAUGUUAGUUUCUCAGCCAUCAGAAUCGUACGGGUUCUCCGUCCUUUACGAGCCAUCAACAGAGUUCCUAGUAUGCGUAUCCUGGUGACAUUGCUAUUGGAUACUUUACCGAUGCUUGGAAACGUUUUGCUGCUUUGUUUCUUUGUGUUCUUUAUCUUUGGGAUUGUUGGCGUCCAGCUGUGGGCGGGGCUUCUUCGGAAUCGAUGCUUUUUGGAUAACAAUUUUAGAAUGUUGUAUAAUGUCACAGAGUAUCUGAGUGAAUACUACAGAUUAGAAGAAUCUGAUGACGUCCCCUUUAUUUGCUCCACCACUCGGGAGAAUGGAAUACUGCACUGCUCGAACAUCCCACAGCGCAGAGUGGCAGGGGCUUAUUGUGAACUCACCGUUGAAAAUGUCACAGCUAAUUUUUUCAAAGCAUCCCCUCAUCAUGGUUGUGUGAACUGGAACAUGUAUUACAAUAACUGCAAAGCAAGUGAACACAAUCCACAUAAUGGGGCUAUCAACUUUGACAACAUCGGAUAUGCAUGGAUUGCUAUAUUUCAGGUUAUCACCUUGGAAGGAUGGGUGGAUAUCAUGUACUAUGUUAUGGAUGCACAUUCCUUUUACAACUUCAUCUAUUUCAUCUUUCUUAUCAUUGUAGGCUCCUUCUUCAUGAUCAACCUGUGCCUGGUUGUCAUAGCAACGCAGUUCUCUGAGACCAAACAACGUGAGAACCAGCUGAUGCAGGAGCAGCGGGCACGUUUUCGCAGUAACGAGUCCAUCCAGGCCGAACCAGGAUCCUGCUAUGAAGAAAUGCUGAAAUAUCUUGUUCAUGUCUGCCGUAAACUUUGCCGUUAUGCCGUUCGCAUCUACAGCGAAUUGUGUCCCCUGAGACAAAGGGGUGGGGCCAAUUUCAGCAAUCCCUCCCUGGCUGGAGGUGGGACUAAUGGAUAUUGGAUUGACAAUGGGACGAUGUCCCAAUGCUUUAUGCCACAUUAUCAUCCUACCCAUCAUCCUCACCAUUACAUCAGUAAUGGCUUUGAAAUGAAAACCCUUCAUCUCGAUAGAGAAACUCAGAAUUCUAAAAAGAACCCAUCACUCCCACUUGCACUACAUAAUUUAAAGGGUUUAAGGCGCAGUAUGAACUAUCCCACCAUUUUACCCUCCAAACUGUACAAAAAGUCGCACUCUCAUCUACAUACUACAGGAGGGGUCAAGACACCAGCCUUUCAUCAUGGGCCCUAUAGCAGGAAGAUCUCAGUUGUCAGUGGAUUUCAUGAUACUUACAAGUUGCAACAUGGUGUGUAUCCAGGCACAUGCUCAAGCGUGUGUCUGGACAGCAAGGCAGGGCAUGUAUCCUCUGAACUGUCUUCCUGCCCUGUUUGUGCCCAGGAAAGUGAUUGUGUUAAAUGUGACUCCAAUGGUGAAUCGGACCCAGAGAAACAGGGGCUGGAUUACAGUCCAGAACAGAGCAAAAGGAACCAGGACAUAGAAAAAAAAGCAUCUGAGAAUGAGAAUUGUGUGUGUAUGUGUCUUCAUUACGUCAGAACUGUGCUGAGACGGACUGUGGACAGCAAAUACUUCAACAGAGGAAUAAUGAUCGCAAUCCUUAUCAAUACACUCAGCAUGGGAGUGGAGUACCAUGAACAGCCGGAUGAGUUGACAGAUGUGCUCGAGAUCAGUAAUAUUGUCUUCACUAGUUUGUUUGCAUUGGAGAUGCUCCUCAAGCUUUCAGCCUGUGGUCUGUUCGACUACAUCAGCAACCCAUACAACAUAUUUGACGGUAUCAUUGUUAUCAUUAGUGUAUGGGAGAUCGUUGGACAAGCGGACGGAGGGUUUUCGGUUUUACGGACGUUCCGUCUGCUGAGGGUUCUGAAGCUGGUACGGUUCCUCCCUGCUCUGCGCAGGCAGCUGGUGGUGUUAAUGAAGACUAUGGACAAUGUGGCCACCUUCUGCAUGCUGCUGAUGCUCUUCAUCUUCAUCUUCAGUAUAUUGGGAAUGCAUCUGUUUGGAUGUAAGUUCACCCUGCGUUUGGAGAAUGGAGACACAGUCUCAGACAGAAAGAACUUUGACUCACUCCUCUGGGCCAUCGUCACUGUGUUUCAGAUCUUGACGCAGGAGGACUGGAAUGUGGUUCUGUAUAAUGGCAUGGCCUCCACUUCUGCCUGGGCGGCUUUGUACUUUGUAGCCCUGAUGACCUUUGGAAAUUAUGUCCUCUUUAACUUACUGGUUGCCAUCUUAGUAGAGGGCUUCCAGGCUGAGGGUGAUGCUAGCAGAUCAGACAGCGAUGAUGACAUGUCGUCUGAUUAUGGUGAUGAGGAAAAAUUGGGAGAACUUUUGAACUCAGAACUGAAAAUGCAGACGUUAAUGCCCAUCUCUAAUGGAUACCUGGAACCCCGGGCAUCCAUGCCACCUCACAUGACACACACACAACCCAAUGCCAUGACCAGAACUGAAGUGUCACACAUCUACAGCCAAUCACGUCGGAACAGCAACACCUCCACUGAGCCCCAUGACCAGAGAUCCCUGUCCAGCCUUUGGGGAAGCCGAUGCUCUAGUUGGAACAGUCUUGACAAUGCCCCCAGUCUGAUCAGACGUGCUCAGUCUGGAGAGCGUGAGUCGCUGCUGUCAGGGGCAGGACAGGAGAGCAUGGAUGACAACCAAUCAGAUGAUGGGAAAGCCAGCAGGACUGGCAGUCUGGGCAGAGUCUCAUAUCUCGGGUCGUUUGAUUUACCAGAGCUGCUGCAAGUUUCACGCCCAUAUUUGGAGUGUAAUGGCAGAUUACAUGGGGCUUAUCCGUCCUGUCCGAACAUUACACACCCUGAUCCAUCUACACAAGGGGUAGAGGAUGAAGACUCUGAGGAGAGUUGGUGUGUCAUUCUGAAGAGAGUGUUGGAGCCGUAUAAACCUCAGUGGUGUAGAGAUCAUGAGGAUUGGUCACUCUUCCUUUUUUCCCCUCAUAAUAAGUUCCGUGUGCGCUGUCAGAGGGUCAUCACUUAUAAGAUGUUUGAUCAUAUUGUCCUGUUCUUCAUCUUCCUCAACUGCAUCACAAUCGCUCUAGAGAGACCUGACAUCCAGCCUGAUAGCACGGAACGGAUUUUUCUUAAAGUGUCAAACUACAUCUUCACUUUGAUCUUUGUGGCAGAGAUGACUGUGAAGGUGGUUUCUCUUGGGCUGUAUACUGGUCCAGGCUCAUACCUGAAGAGCAGCUGGAAUGUUUUAGAUGGUCUGCUGGUGUUUGUGUCUUUAGUGGACAUCCUGGUCUCACUGGCCUCCUCCGGUGGGAACAGAAUCCUGGGAAUCUUACGUGUGCUUCGUCUGCUCAGAACACUAAGACCCUUGAGGGUCAUAAGCAGGGCCCCUGGACUAAAGCUGGUUGUUGAAACACUGAUCACAUCUCUUCGACCUAUUGGAAAUAUUGUGUUGAUCUGUUGCGCUUUCUUCAUUGUCUUUGGCAUUCUUGGAGUUCAGCUCUUUAAGGGGAAGUUUUAUCAUUGUGAAGGAUUUGACACUAGAAAUAUCGCCAAUAAAUCGGAGUGCCUGCAGGCGAACUACAGAUGGGUUCGCAGGAAGUACAACUUUGAUAACCUGGGUCAGGCUCUGAUGUCAUUAUUUGUCCUGUCUUCCAAAGACGGCUGGGUCAACAUCAUGUAUGAUGGCUUAGAUGCAGUGGCCGUGGACCAACAGCCCAUUAGGAAUCAUAAUCCCUGGAUGCUCCUGUACUUCAUCUCCUUCCUGCUGAUCGUCAGCUUCUUCGUACUGAACAUGUUUGUCGGUGUGGUGGUGGAGAACUUCCACAAGUGUAGACAAGACCAGGAGGAAGAGGAGGCCCGACGGAGAGAGGAGAAGAGACAGAAACGCAUGGAGAAGAAACGCAGGAAGGCCCAGCAGAGGCCGUACUAUGCUGACUACUCUCCUGCAAGACUCUACAUUCACACACUCUGCACAAGUCAUUAUUUGGACCUCUUCAUCACCAUCAUCAUCGCUAUUAAUGUACUCACAAUGUCUAUGGAGCACUACAGACAGCCCAAGUAUCUGGAUGAGGUGCUGAAGUACUGUAACUAUUUUUUCACACUGGUAUUUGUGAUUGAGGCUGCACUGAAACUGGUCGCCUUUGGCUUUAGGAGAUUUUUCAAAGAAAGGUGGAAUCAGUUAGACCUGGCCAUAGUCCUUCUUUCUAUCAUGGGAAUUACACUAGAGGAGAUCGACCUGAAUGCCUCUCUACCAAUCAACCCAACCAUCAUACGCAUCAUGAGGGUUCUGCGCAUUGCCAGAGUGUUGAAGUUGUUGAAGAUGGCCACAGGAAUGAGAUCUCUUCUGGAUACAGUUGUUCAAGCCUUACCACAGGUUGGUAAUUUGGGUCUGCUCUUCAUGCUGCUGUUUUUCAUCUAUGCCGCACUGGGAGUCGAACUCUUUGGAAAACUUGAAUGUACUGAGGAGAACCCAUGUGAGGGUUUGAGUAGACACGCUACGUUUCAGAACUUCGGCAUGGCAUUCCUCACUCUGUUCCGUGUUUCCACCGGCGACAACUGGAAUGGGAUCAUGAAGGAUACCCUACGGGAAUGUAAAAAUGUUGACAAAUGUCUGAGUUACCUGCCGCUUUUGUCACCUCUAUAUUUUGUGACUUUUGUGCUGGUGGCUCAAUUCGUGCUGGUUAACGUUGUGGUCGCAGUACUUAUGAAACAUUUAGAGGAGAGCAACAAAGAUGCCCGUGAGGAGGCGGAGAUGGAGGCAGAGCUACAGGAGGAGCUACAGGGCAGUCAUAGACGAAGCACCGCCACUAUGAGUGGAGCCGCUGGGCUUGAGGACACAGCUGUGAAAUUGGAGACACUCUCACAUGAGCAGGCAGCAAUAAAGUGUGACUCCAUUGAUUCCUCCCACCUGGGCUCCAAAGACAGCUUACAUGUUCCAAGUCAGCUGUGCUCCAGUGAUAGCCUUCAUCUUCAAGUACCCAGCAUUCCCCUGAUGGGCAGAUCUGCUCCCUGUUCUCCCCAAAUGUCCCCUCCACCCCUUUGCAAUCGGACAGCAAGUGUACGAACAAAUAAUAAUGUGUACAGCCAACGCAGCAUACCGUGUCGACAGACUUUACAUAGAACACCAUCAAUUAAAACGCACAAACGAUUGCAUGCAAAUGCACAAAUAAACCUACUGAACUCAGAAUGCCCUGACGAUGAGGUUCAAUAUGAUACAAAUUUGCAGCAUGUGGGGAGGGGGGAUACACAGAACUCAGGACAGCUCUAUAGUGGGACAGUCCAUCAACAAGAUAGCAGCGGUCAUAGAAUACAGAAGUACAACAGCAUGGAAAAUAAUGGUCUCCUGUCCAAAUUCAGCAUGCCUCUACAUCACUCAACACAUGGGGAGGAGCUAAUGCUUCAACAGCAGCCAAUGAAAUCAUCCACAUUAUUUCCUGGACCUUCUCUUAUCCCCAAGAAGAAGAAAAUGAGUCCACCAUGCAUAUCCAUUAACCCUCCCUCUGAUGUUGAGUUUUCAUCUUCAAUGGUCCACCAGAAACGCAGUACAGUCCUACGAAGACGGACGCCCUCGUUUGACUCUGCACUUCCACGUGAGUCGUUAGAUCUUCCUGAUGCGCUGUCACUCUCAGAGGCCCUCCCACAGGAUCAACCUCUUUUGUCAAGUCGUUUGCCCCUCCCACAAUUCUCUUUUGAUCAAUCAGAUGUAAGUUCUCUGAGCAGUCUGUCAGAACUGCUUUCGGAUAGUGACCAAUCGAUGCAAUCAUUCCCUCAAUCAGGGUUGGUAGGAACCACGAGAGAUGUUGCUCAGAGUCCACUCAGGAAGAAGGUUUUGGUCCGAAUGGCCAGCACUAGGGAUCCAGGAAAUGAGGAUUCGGAUGCCUAACUUAAAGACACUUCUGCCUCUUUGCAAAGCAUUUUAAUUACGGGAAGAGGUGGUUUUAUCACAAGUAUGCAAUGUGUUUCUGAUGGAACUUAUCUGUUUUUUGCCUGAUCAUAUUGAUUAGGUUUUUUUUUUUACUUUAAUAAGUAUUCAUUACACAUAUUAAUAUUGUGAAGUUUGAUUUGAUAUCAAUCCUCUUUGAAUUCCGAGUACAUAUGAAAAUCAAUCACAAAACCUGGUUGAAAUCAUGACGUUCACUGCGGCCCAAAAAAAGUGCACUAUUGGACACAUUAGUCACACUUAAAAUAUAUGAAGACCGUUGCAUUAAAAGUUUGAAAGCCAAAAAUGUUCUAAAUUGUUUUGUAUUCAUUUUCAACCAUUUAUCUUUGGUUUUAUCAUUUUAAAUCUACACUAUGUAACUUAUUGUCCUCUAGCAGUUCGCGGAGGAAUACUGUUUUGGUAAUUAUGUGAACAGGGCUCUAGCUCUUCUCUUCUGCAUGGAUGAAUGUGAUGGUUUGAGUAGUACUGGUGUAACCAUGGUUACAGGGGAUUAUCUUAUCAGAGUGAAUAUCACUAAUGACAUAAGACAUAAUAAUUAAUAACGAAAGGAAGAAAAAGACUGAUAUCCGAAAAUAUGUCUUCUGAGCCGGUAAGCAGCAUAUCUCUUCCAUUGAUGUUUUGACUUAUUAAAAACAAAAGCUAGGCAACAAUAACAUUAGACAACGAUUGCUAGUUAUAUCAGAUAAAGUUAAAUGGUGGAAACUAUUAUAAAUUACCUAGCUGGCAAAUAGGCCAAUGUAGUAACUGGUGUAGAGAUUGGCCUUUCUCAAAUAUGAAAUUGAAAGCACUGCAGUUCCACAAUCCUUAAUAAAAUGCCCCAUUAGAGUGGCUAAUGCUAUUUAAAGAACUACCUCACUAAGAGAGCUAGCUGGCUAACUAUCGGUCCAAUAUAAUAUCUUACCUGUCGAGAAAUCCUUUAAGAUCUUGGAGUUGUAACCACUUCUGAAAUGCCAAGCAUAUGUUGAUUCGUGUUUAAAUAUUAUGGGCUCUGUCGCUUUUCCUUUUUGCUUGCAGACUCUUCUCGUAGACUCUUUUCCUUUUAAAAUAAAACGGUUUUGAAUUUGUUGUGGGCCCCCUGGACCUUUGGGCCCCUAGAAUCAUUACCAGCUGUCACCGCUCUAGCUAUGGCCCUGACUACUGCACAUAUACAUGCUCGGUAGUAACUCUGGACCUCCUUUUUUUAUUUACGGACAUGGCGUAAACACUCACAGAUUAAUGAUGGAAGUUUUCAAAUUCCCGCCAAAUCCGUCCCGACAGCUCUAAAAUAUAAAUAAUUAUUAUAGGCUUACUAUAGUGAAUCAGAGUAAGGCAAAUGCAUAGUGUAGAAGACUGAGUGCUGAUGCACUUGCUCAUUAAUACAAUUUUGUUCAUUUCUUUCAACAAAAUCUUACAUAGAGUAGCUUUAACAAGUGUUUGUACUAUCUUUAUUAAAAUGUUUUAAAUUGUGUUAUACAAUGUAAAGACUUUCAUUUAUUUUAAGUGUAGCCAAAUAAUCCAAACACCUUUUGAGGCUACUGUACUUAUUCCUCAUCAGAUAGUGUUUUUACAUAGCAGGAGUCCUGUAGUUUUCAUCUUCAGAUUGUUGUGAUGUAUGUCAUACUGCCCUGUACUGUACAGUAUGUCAUAUAAUUGAUUCACCUUAAAGUCAUACUUGUAACACCCUAAUGUCUUACAUAGUAUAUUUAAAUCUGCUGAAACAUAUGCAUGGGAAUAAUGCAGAUUUUGUAGCUGAAUGAAUGAAAUGAUUAUUGUAUAUAAAGUGUGGCAUAUAAUAUUUUUCUAUAGGGUUAGAGUUUUACAGUACAGUAUGCAUUGUUGGCCUUCAUGAAGGAACUGUGGAGGAAAAUAAAAUAAAUUAAGCUCCAUCAAAAACACCUCAGUUUGUAAAAUCAAACAAAUAUUGUGUCUACAGUAAGUUCAAUAGAAAUCUAUGGGUCAAGGCAUGGUAACAAGAUAGAUGUUAACAUACACUGUUGAAAGUAUAACAGAAAGACUUAAGCAUUAUACAGUACAUGUUCACAUAAGACACAUGUUAAAAUUGCUGACUAACGUCUGUGCAAAGUUACAAAACAAAUGUCAACUCCUGUAUUAUACUGUAUUAUACUGUAUAUUAGCAAAAAUAUAGGCUUUAUAUUUCUGUUUUUACACCCUACACAAGGCUUUGCCACAUAGACUUACAUUAUAUGUGUAUUACCGCAAACAGCGUUUUGUUUGAUUAUUUACAAACUGAGUGACAAUUCAAAAUAAUUUUCUGUGUUAAAUGAAAAUGUAGAACCAAACAUUAAUGAUUAACAUUUCUCCUUUUUAUUCUUUCUUAAAUUCCUUUCUCCUUUUUAAUUCGUUCUUUAAUUCCUUUCACCUUUUUUAUUAGGGUAAUUCUUUACUCCCUGUCUUCUUUUUUCUUCCUUUUUUCCUUCCUCCUUUUCUCUUUUUAUUUUUUCUUCUCUUCCUUUCUUUUUUCCUCCUUCCUUCUUUGUGAUGGCCUCUUUUAACCCUGGCUCAAGCAAUUAGAACAUUAACCCAGAGUUUCAAAAUGUACAGUGUGAAAUCUAAAAACCUGACUACCCAGUUUUAAUUACUACUCAAUUAUGCAGACUGAAAUAUAAACAGUGAUAUACGUCGAACAAGAUAACCCAGGAUUACGUUAACCUAGGGUUAAAAAAUGUGUGUGAAAAGCCCUUUCAGUAAACAUAAGUAAUUUAUUGUAUUUUACUCAUUCACAUACACAUGAUUCUCCACACCCCUAUGUCUCUAUCAUUAAGAAAAUGUAUUUGCUCAUGAAUUAGAGUGUGAUGGGAGGCUUUUUGGAAAACCAAGGGCUGCUAAAUAAUUUAAAAGUGUGUUACUGUAUGUAUGUAGUGUGAGAGUGUGAUGAAAUGUCUAAUAGGUAUAAUUGGGGGGAGGGGGAUAUAUUUCUAUCAGAUCCGGCCCUGAUGAAAAUAUACAUAAAAUGUGUAUAGAAUGGAAAGAUGCUAAUUUGUAUGUACUGCUUUUCAUGCUGUGUUCAUUUUAUGUUAGAUUAUAGUCUAUCUACUGUAAUAGUCAAACAGUCUAUUGUAUUUGUAUAUUUAUUGCUUAAAAAAGGAAUGGGCCACCAAUUUGUACCCUAUUUGUGGAAUAUGGCAUCUUAUAAAUGUCACUUGGAAUCAUCUUAGCACAAAUCUGCAAGCUUUUUUGCUUAAUCAUAACUUUUGUGUGAUUACCUGGUAUUAUUAGCAUGUGUGUCAACCAGACUAUAUAUAUCCCUGAUUUUUUUUAUAUUACAUUGUAGUUAUAUUAUGCAUACAGUGAAUAAAGCACAUUUAGGAUACACUGUAAUAAAUCUGGGUUUCACCUUUGAGAAUAAACUGCAAAUUCAUUACACCUCACCUGUUUUAUCCUAAACAUUUGAAAACUUCACAGUUGUUGUGAAGGGCUCUUAUGGUACAAUGUUUGGGAUUAUG